GUGUUGAAAAAUGAAACAAAACAUUUCUUUGUGGACGCUGAUAAUCGCUGCAAUAUUUGGAGUUGUACAGUCUAUUAGAGAGAUUCCAUACAUUUCUGUGGACUCCAAACAAAGCAACGAAGAGCAGUUUCAAUACAAAGUUGUCGUACCACCUAUUCAAACAACAGAGGUUAACAGAUACAUUUGCUAUUCAAAAUCAUUGGAAGAGAUAGGCGAGAGUUAUAUAACAAAGUUGUUAACUGAACCUGAUCCAAUCGUUAAACCACAUCAUAUCGACUCCGGUCUGUGCGUAGAACCACUACAUGAGGAUGCCACAUGGGAUUGUCAAAGAGGACUAGCAUGUAAAGGUGAUGCUGUUGAGUUUAGUGUUACAGACAAUUUCCAGUCUAAUGAUAAACCACUCUACGUUCUUCCCAAAGAUGUAUCAUCAAAGGUUGGUGGAAAUGGAAAGAAAUAUUUCUUAAUUGUUCAAAUGCAUCUCUACACACCAUUAACAGAACCUGCAUCGCCGGCUAAUAUAACUUUAACUUUUACGAAACGACCAACAAAGUAUAAUUACCAGAAAUUCCUACUUUGCAAUAGCGGUUUUAUUCCUGCCAAUAAACCAAAUGGUUUCUUCACACAUGUUGGUUGCGAAUGGAAAAGACCUAAAGUGAUUGCCUUUCAUUAUUAUGCCCAUACACAUGUACAUGGUAUUUUUGCUGAAGGAUUUCUUAUUCGAAAUAACAGUUGGAUAUACCUUGGUGGUCAGAAAACAAGGGAAAGGCAAAAGGUAUGGUAUGAUAUCGUAAACGGACCGAUAGAAAUACGACCUGGUGACGUUUUAGCUUCACGUUGUCUGUUUAUCAAUAACGAAGGGAAAACGAUCGAUCUUAAGUCAGAAGAUACCUGUAUAUUCCAGCUGAGUAUUGCAUAUGACAUACAAUACCAGUAGUAUUUUGCCCGUCCACCUGGCUGCAUUUCGAACUCACCGGAUUUCACCUUCUGCAGUAACGACAAGACAGCAGCUCUUUGUGAUAGAUAAAUUAUUAUGAUCGGCGUAACUUUGAUAUGCUAUUAUUUUUUGAUAACAUGUUAACAUAAUCGAACAUUAUCAGUGAAGCUUCUCAGUAGUGGACUUAUACUUUUGACUUUAAUCUUUAACGUCAUAUUUAAUGUGACUAGCUGGAAAAUACAGGAUUCCCAAUUAUAUGCAUCCUACUUUUUUUUCUAAUAACUGAACAAAUAAUCUCUCAAAAGUUUUUUUUUUCUUUCUUUUUAUUGAAUAAAUGCUUUUUAACGCAUGUAAUUUAUUACGUGUUGUUUUCCUUUUUAUAUCCGAAUAUAUACCUCUUUUGGUGACUUUCAGUACUUGAGGAUAGUCAUUAACUCGGUGCCUAACAAACCUUUCUAACCUUAACCGUAAAUAAGACAGACACUGUUGACCUUUGCGGUAUUUGGCUAUAUCUUUGGGUUCUUUAAAUUGUAUAUAGCUUUUUAACUGUUAUAUGAGUGUACUUACUUACCUUUCAAAUAUUUUCGUUUGAGCGUUCCCGAUGAAAACAAAUCAAGAAAGGCGUUUUGAAAUCAGGAUAUUUAUUCACUUUUUUAUCAGCUCUAACACGUUUGUUUUAGAUUUUGGAAUUUCAAAUAUUUGUCAGUGAGCAUCACUUAAACGACAUACAUUAUUAGAAUACGCAUCAGUGGUAGUAAAAGUAGUACCAUUUAUAUCAUUACUAUCACAAACUUUAUAUAUACUGAGCCAAAAAAGUUUAGCAACACUUUUUUUUCAAUUUUUCUUUUGUUGUUUCUGCAAUUCUUUUUUAAACAUCAUUGAUAUAAUCCUUAUCUUUACCUGUAAUUUUUAACAGUCUUACUUUUUUCUGGAUGAUUGAUUUCGCGCCAUUUAAGCUUUCCAUGUUAAAUUGAUGUUUUACCUUCUGUACCUGUACUUUUAAAACAAAAUUUUUUUUUCUCUUACGUUCAAAAACACACCAUUGGUAAGACAAACACAAAAACGUUUGAAAAAAUGCAUGGGCCGUCAACCUGGCCUUCCCGAAAAUGACCAUCCGAAGGCUAUUGGAAUGGUUGAUGCCAGAAUGAGUGUUUCUGAUGUCAUGGCUUGAUAAAAUGUGCAUAAGUCAACAGUUUAGAGACUAACAAACAGAUAUCGAUAAAUUGCAACUGCACGGGAUAGGUCGAUAUGUCGUAGACCAUGAAAAACUAUCGUCAAGGGAGGAGCGCUACUUUCCAUUUGCAUCAACACGUGAUAAGUUUUUUCCGGCCACAAGAGUAGUGCAUUGACUAAGGACAGCUGCUGGAGUGUCUGGCAAUCCUUCAUUGAUGCACUUAGGGCAUGACCGAGAAAUUGAUUUUGAAUAACACUUUACUCAUUUUCGCAUUUUGACCCUCCCGCGCUCCAUACAAAGAAAAUCCGAAUGAAUGUGAGUGAUAAACAUUCAUGUUGCUUCUGACAUGUCAUAAUUUAUUUUUUUUAUUAUUAAAAUCAUAUAUUGUUACAAUUUUGUAAUAAAAUAAAACUUCAUA